GGUCGCCAUGAGCCUGAUGCUGGAGACGCUGCUGGGCCCCCCGGGGGGGCUCCGCAAGGAGCCGGGCCGAGCUCCCCCGCGCUCCGCCGCCUCCAGCGGUUUCUACUCGUGGCCGGCCCCGGUGGUGGGACGGGCGCGGGGCGCGGGGGGCGGCGGCGGCAGCGCGGCCGCAUCCUCCACCGAGAGCCUGGACUCGCUGAACGGCGAACCGCGGGCGCGCAACGAGAAGGAGCUGCUGCAGGUGCUGAACGACCGCUUCGCCGGCUACAUCGAGCGGGUGCGGGCGCUGGAGCAGCAGAACCGGGCGCUGGCGGCCGAGGCGGCGGCGCUGCGGCAGCAGCAGGCGGGGCGCUCGGCCAUGGGCGAGCUGUACGCCCGGGAGCUGCGGGACAUGCGGGGCACCGUGCUGCGCCUGGGCGCCGAGAAGGGGCAGCUGCGGCUGGAGCGGGCGCGCCUGGCCGAGGACGUGGCGGCGCUGCGGGGAAGGCUGGAGGACGAGGCUCGGCAGCGCUCGGAGCUGGAGGCGGCGGCCCGCGGGCUGGCGCAGCGCUCGGCGCAGGAGGAGCGGGCGCGGGCGCCGCUGGAGGAGCGAGCCCGGGCCCUGCGGGAGGAGGCGGAGCAGCUGCGGAGGCAGCACCGAGCCGAGGUGGGAGCGCUGCUGCGCGGGGCGCGCCCCGAGCUGCCCGCGGAGCCCCCCGCGUCCCUGCGGCCCGGAGUGACCGCCGCUCUCCGAGACCUGCGCGCACAGCUGGAGGGCACGGCCGCCCGCAGCACCCUGCAGGCCGAGGAGUGGUUCCGCGUGAGGCUGGACAAGCUCUCGGAGGUGGCCAAGGUGAACACGGAUGCCAUGCGCUUGGCCCAGGAGGAGAUCUCCGAGUACCGCCGGCAGCUCCAGGCCAAGACCACCGAGCUGGAAGCCCUCAAAGGGACCCAGGAGUCGCUGGAGAGGCAGAGGCAGGACUCGGAGGAGCGCCAUCAUGCAGAUGUCCUGUCCUACCAGGAAACCAUCCAGCAGCUUGACAGCGAGCUGAGGAACACCAAGUGGGAGAUGGCAGCUCAGCUCCGGGAGUACCAGGAUCUGCUCAAUGUCAAAAUGGCCCUGGACAUCGAAAUUGCUGCCUACAGAAAGCUCCUGGAAGGGGAGGAAUAUCGGCUGGAGACUGGCAUUGGCAUGCUCUCCUACCCCGAGGUGGUCCCCAAGCCCCCCAGCAUCACCACCAGCAUCAAGGUGAAGAGCGAGGAGAAGAUCAAGGUGGUGGAAAAAUCAGAGAAGGAGACGGUGAUUGUGGAGGAGCAGACAGAGGAAAUCCAGGUGACUGAGGAGGUCACAGAGGAGGAGGAGGCUGAGAAAGAGGCUGAAGAGGAAAAAGCUGAAGAGAAGGAGGAGGGGGAGGAAGAAGAAGAGGAGAAAGCUGAAGAAGAGGGUGAAGAAAAGGCCAAGUCCCCAGAGAAACCCGAGUCCCCCACAAAGGAGGAGGCCAAGACCCCAGAGAAACCCGAGUCCCCCACAAAGGAGGAGGCCAAGACCCCAGAGAAACCUGAGUCCCCCGCAAAGGAGGAGCCCAAGACCCCAGCAGUCAAGUCCCCUGAAAAGCCCCCGACCCCCUCCAAGGAAGGGGCCAAGACCCCAGUUGUGAAAUCCCCAGAAAAACCUGCAACCCCCUCAAAAGAGGAGGCAAAGAGCCCGGCUGUGAAGUCCCCAGAGAAACCCCCAACCCCCUCAAAGGAGGAAGCCAAGACUCCAGCUGUCAAAUCCCCUGAAAAGCCACCAACACCCUCAAAAGAGGAGGCCAAGACCCCGACAGUGAAGUCCCCAGAGAAACCUGCACCUCCCUCAAAGGAUGAGGCCAAGACCCCAACAGUGAAAUCCCCAGAGAAACCCACACCCCCCUCAAAAGAGGAGGCCAAGACCCCAACUGUAAAGUCCCCGGAGAAACCCCCGGCCCCCUCUAAAGAAGAGGCCAAGAGCCCGUCUGUGAAAUCUCCAGAGCCACCGGCAACUCCCUCAAAAGAAGAAGCCAAACCCCCAUCUGUCAAAUCCCCAGAGAAGCCCCCAACCCCCUCAAAGGAGGAGGCCAAGCCCCCAGCUGUGAAGUCCCCAGAGAAGCCCCCAACCCCCUCAAAGGAGGAGGCCAAGCCCCCGGCUGUGAAGUCCCCAGAGAAGCCCCCAACCCCCUCAAAGGAGGAGGCCAAGCCCCCGGCUGUGAAGUCCCCAGAGAAGCCCCCAACCCCCUCAAAGGAGGAGGCCAAGCCCCCAGCUGUGAAGUCCCCAGAGAAAGUCAAAUCUCCUGUGAAGGAGGAGGCCAAGUCUCCGCAGAAGGAAGUGGCCCCAGCCAAGGAGCCGAGCCCUGCUCCGAAGGAGCCAAAGGCCCCCGCCAAGGAGGAGCAGCCCAAGGAGGUGAAGGCUCCCUCCAAGCCCAAGGAGGGUAAGAAGGAGGAAGCUCCCAAGAAGGAAGUCCUGGCCAAGGCAGAGGAGAAACCCAAAGAGAAGGCGGCUGCUGUGCCAGAGCCUCCAGCUCCACAGGCCAAAGAGACCAAGCCAAGCCCCAAACCCGCUGAAGAGGGAAAAGCCGAGGAGGCUCCAGCAAAACCUCAGCAGGAGGUCAGCAAAGCAGCCAGCAAGGAGGCUGAGAAGCCAAAGGCUGAGGAGAAGGUGGAGGAGCCCAAGAAGAAAGUAGAAGAACCAAAGAAGGAGAAGGUGGAGGAGGCCAAGAAGGAGAAGGCAGAGGAGGCCAAGAAGGAGAAGGUGGAGGAGCCCAAGAAAGUGGAGGAGCCCAAGAAGGAGAAGGCAGAGGAACCCAAGAAAGUGGAGGAAGCCAAAGCUAAAGCAAAACCCAAAGAUGAGCCCAAAGCCAGUAAGGAACCCCCCAAAGUUGAGGCUCCCUCCAGCAAGGAGGGCACAGCCCCAGAGCCAGGGAAGAAGUGAUGGAAGAGUCCCAGGCGCCCAAGGCACCUCCGGGCACGGGAGCUGCUCCGCUCCCUGCGAUGGCUGGGCCCGGGGUGGGACCCCAGGGACCCCCAGGCCAGGCUUUCCCUUAGCAAUAGGUCCGUGAGAGCCCCUCGGGUGGGCGACUGCUUCCCUCGCAGAACGUGAUACUCGCCGAGCGCCACAUUUAAACACUUGAAUUAUAACCCAGGAGAAGAGGAGGGACCCCCAGGGGAGCCCCACCGCCCUUCUCCUCUUAAGUGCAUUUAUUUAAUGUAUGUGCAAUGGAUGGAUGAGUGCAAUGCAGAGCUGUAGCUGCUUGGGGGGGGCUGGCAGGGUCCUGCCCUGCCCUGGGGGGUGACAGUCCCUCUGGGCAGAGCUGGGAGAGGCUGGGAGCUGCUGGAAUGCUCACAGACACACACGGUGCACCAGGAACCUCAGCCCACUGAUCUUUGCUUUCUGUGCAAUAACCAAAUAAAAGUGCUUACGGAAA